CCAUUCUAAGCGCUCCGAGUCUGGAGAGUUCAUCAGUACUAAAAGUCGUCAGUAUAAGUGGAGAAGUUUGGCAAUCAGAUUGUUUGUCUGCUGCCACCGCAAAAAGGUCAUUUUCCGGGAGGAUGCUGCACCCAGUGCGACACGUACUGAACCAGAAGCGAAUAGUGCUGGCCAGUGGAUCUCCACGACGCCAAGAAUUGAUGAAGAAUCUCGGCAUCAAUGUGGAGAUCUGCCCCUCUCGCUUUGAGGAGGACUUCAAGCCAGAGGAUUUCCCCUCCUUUUGCGCCUACGUGGAGGAGACUGCCCUGCACAAGGUGCUGGAAGUCAGCGAUAGACUUCAUGAUCCCGUGCCAGACGUCAUAAUCGGAGCCGACACAGUCGUUACAAUGGACGGAGUGGUUUACGGAAAGCCCAAGAACAAGGAGAGAGCAUUUCAGAUACUCACCAAGCUCAUGAAUCGCAAGCAUCGCGUCUAUACGGGCGUCGUGAUAAAGAUCGCCGAUAAGUUCAUCAGAUUCACAGAGACAACAGAUGUGUACUUUGGCCAAGCCACACCAGAGCAGAUUCACGCGUAUGUGGACACAGGGGAGCCCCUAGACAAGGCGGGCGGCUAUGGGAUUCAGGGCAUCGGAGGGACUUUCAUUGAGCGCAUUGAGGGUGACUAUUUCACGGUGAUUGGACUCCCGCUCUACAGAAUAUGCCGGGAAUUGUACUGCCUCUUCAGAUAAUUCACUGCACGGGAAGAAGGUUCCUAUUUAGACUCCAGACAGACGCAUGUCCUCUGUAUGGCGAUAAAGAGACUCUAAUUCACA